AUGCCUUAUUUCCUAUCUCCCGCCGUAUCCGUUCCCCUCAAGCCUUACCCCAAGACUCAGUCUUUGCCACCAAACCAGCAUCGAGCAGCAAAGCAACCCUCCCGUUUUCACCGAACGUCAUCUUGGAGCGGCUGGGUCAGGAGCGUACUUCCCAGCCACCGGUCAGAGCGUGGAGGGACCCUCAGGAGCCGGGGCUUCUGGGAAAGCGAGGAGUCGAGACAGGCCGACAAUCAAAGGCCUCGCCGCCACGUGACUGAUAGCUGGCAGAGCCGCACGAGCGAGACUCACGGCCCUGACCACAUUGUUCGGUGGAACACGGCCAAGGAUCUUUCGGAAACGCAGCCCGAGGCAGCACAGACGCGGCUCCAGGCUGAACCCGCCAACGCCUGCAUGUCCUCGAAUGCGGACCCCGAGAGGACAUGGAGUUGGGCUCCAAUGGAUGAGACCGAGCUGUGCCAGCCUCAGAGAGCACCUACUUCUCAACAGGCCCGGCCGGACAAAGUGACUGCAGCUACACCGUCCGAGGCGCAUGCAGUUUCCACCAUCGAGCGACGGCUCGCUCAGACGCGUCAGGCAAUUGAAGCAAGGAAGGAGGCGAGACGCCAGAGGCGCGACCUCAAGGAGAGCGGAGACUAUCUCGGAGUGCAGGGCAUCAACCCAGCCACGGGCCAGCUCGACAUGAUCACCCCGACCGACAGCGAGGGGAACAGCACCAGCCCCGAGACCCAGCAGAAGCUCAACAACUUGCGCAACGCUCUGAGAGAUGCCCGGCAGUCGUACGAGCACGUCAAUGCCCUGAGUAGGAAAGAAGCCAAGAAGGAUCUGGAGAGCGAGAAGGACAAGCUGCGGCGUCUCGAGAAGGACAAGCAGAAGCUACGCAACUUCAGUCAACGCGUCAAGUGGCGAAGGCAAACGAAGCAGUGGUCUUCAGCCCAAGAACCAGACCUGAGCCCCAUUGUCCAGUCGCACGCCGACAGCGACCUUGGCUCCCCAAGGCCUUCUACUCCACCCCAUCGUGCUGCUAAGGAACAAUCUCGAGAUGCGCGAGUCGGCAGCCCGGGCUCCACGUCAACCGUGAUUCGAACUCCCCAGAGACAGAGCCUUGCGGACUUCACACCGUCGGCAUGGGAGCUCUUUGAGAAUAGUAUAAGUUUUGAUGAUUCCGAAUCUUCAGGUCUCGGACAGCAACUGGGCGAGCCUGCCCCUGUUCCCGCCUCUGCUUAUGAUGCUACACAACAUCGAAUCGACCGGGGCCCUCCAGCGCGGUCACCAGAUCGUGUGGCCGUCUCUAAAGGCAAAACCGCACUUGUUCAGGCGACCAUACCUGGCAAGGCUGCUCGCAAGCUCAAGGGUAGCCUGAUAGAGGCUUCAAAUGAGGACUCUUUUUUAGACAAGCGAGUCAGGGUGGCGGUAGAUCCAGGAGGACCCGAGACGGGAAACUGGCAUCCGCCGGUCAGCACUUGCAUGCCAGUCGAGGAGAGCCGACAGACAUUGUCCAAGCCCCAGUGCGAAAGGAGCGCUUCCGCAAGUCUUCCACCGGCCAAAGAUCCGAGUCAUCGCAAUCUCACGGAGCGAACCCAUCGGGGACCUUGGAAAGAAGCCGGCACCGGAAAGGCACCGAACCUCGACCUCUUGACGCAGGUUCGAGCUCAGAAGCUGAACGCGAGAGGGCAGUCGCGGAAGUGGAUGCCUCCGCUGGUGUACUUUUGGCCGAAAAGGACGGACGGGAGUCGCAACCAGCCGGAUACCGUAGAGGAAGAAGCGUCUCCGCCAGCGCUGCCGUCAAUGGCCAGCCUCGGGCGACACAAAAUUUGCGGAGGACGGGAGCCCGGGCAGGCAAACCAGGGGCUCCAGGAACCAGAGGCCGCUCGAGAGACGAGGCGCGGAAGCCCGUCGACCGUUGCGGACAUGACGGAUUCGAGGAACAAGGUCGCCUCCAUGGGCUCCUCCGGACCAGAGACAUGGCGCAUGGAGCCGAUCAGGAUCUACGAGGACAACGAGUGGGUCGAACAAGCCCUCAAGGACAUCACGGAGAGGAGCAACCAGUUCGUGGAAGAGUUUGUCUCCACACGCACCACCACCACUACUGGGUCAGCGUCCGGCAGAGAGACGCCAGGCGAACCUCUCGAAGGAGCACGACUACGAGGCCCCUGCGACGAGCCCCUCACCGAAUAUCUCGCUGAGCUCGGGGCAGAUGAGGCCAGGCGUCAUAACAGAUACUAUGUCCACGAGCCCUCUGGCGGAGACAUAUCGGCGUGUAGAAGGCCCCAGCGUGGCGUCAUUUGCGUGGGCGGCCCCGGAGAAGCAGCCAAGCAAGAGGGAGUGCAGCACAUUACUCAUAUCAAUGUCUACGCCGCCGAAGGGUAG